AUGGCCCUCCUAGCCCAACUGGCGCACUCGGCGUCAGCACUCCUCCCAUUAUUUCUGCCCUCCAUCGCAGCCAUCAUCGCCUUCGCCCUCUUCCAGCGCUUCCACUUCUUCGCGCCGAAUCCGCUGUCCAACAUCCCGACCGUCGGAGACGAAGAGUACCCUGGAUAUGAAAAGAAGAGACAGGCGUACCUAACCAAGGCCAAGGAUCUUUAUGUUGAGGGGUAUAAUAAGUUCAAACAUGGCCUCUUCCGCAUCGUCACUCCCAACGCGAGCAGCGUUAUUGUCGUUUCCCCGAGCUUUUUGGGCGAGCUGCAGAAGUUGCCGGAUGACGUGGUGAGCUUCGAUGCUGCUAUUGAUGAAACCAUGCAUACAAAAUACACCCUCCUCACCACCCACGAAGCCGUACUCCCUCACACGGUCAAGUCCUCGCUCACCCCCGCUCUCCCUCGGCUCAACCCCCAGAUCUCCGAAGAGGUGCAAAUCGCCUUUUCGCAAGAAAUCGCCCCCUUGAUCUCUGACUCUUCCUCCUCGGACUGGGCUCCCGUCAACAUCAAUUCCAAGCUUCUCCGCAUCGUCGCCAAAGUCUCCGGGCGCGUCUUCAUCGGCCCCGAGCUCUGCCAAGACGAGCGCUACCUCUCGGCCGCCGUAGGCUACACGGUCAGCGUGAUGGAGGCGCGCAGCGGGCGUGGAGAAGAUGAGCCCGUGGCUCCGGCCUUUUGCCGCGUGGCGCCUUAA